CCGGGAUGGCACUCUCCGUGACAGAGCUCAUUAUCUUCUCCCUCCUGCAAACUGCCCUGUCCCUGAACCCCGAGGACCCUAAUGUGUGCAGCCACUGGGAGAGCUAUGCCAUGACCGUCCAGGAAUCAUAUGCACACCCCUUCGACCAGAUCUACUACACGCGAUGCACGGACAUCCUCAACUGGUUCAAGUGCACCAGGCACCGGAUCAGCUAUAAGACGGCAUAUCGGCGUGGCCUCCGGACCAUGUACCGGCGCAGGUCCCAGUGCUGCCCUGGCUACUACGAGAAUGGGGACUUCUGCAUACCCCUGUGUACGGAGGAGUGUGUGCAUGGCCGCUGCGUUUCCCCGGACACCUGCCACUGUGAGCCCGGCUGGGGAGGGCCUGACUGUUCCAGCGGCUGUGACAGCGACCACUGGGGCCCCCACUGCAGCAACCGGUGCCAGUGCCAGAAUGGAGCCCUGUGCAACCCCAUCACGGGCGCCUGCGUGUGUGCCGCCGGCUUCCGCGGCUGGCGCUGCGAGGAGCUCUGCGCGCCCGGCACCCACGGCAAGGGCUGCCAGCUGCCGUGCCAGUGCCGCCACGGAGCCAGCUGCGACCCCCGCACCGGCCAGUGCCUCUGCGCCCCGGGCUACACCGGAGUCUACUGUGAGGAGCUGUGCCCCCCUGGGAGCCAUGGGGCUCACUGUGAGCUGCGCUGUCCCUGCCAGAAUGGGGGCACCUGCCACCACAUCACAGGAGAAUGUGCCUGCCCCCCAGGCUGGACGGGAGCAGUGUGUGCCCAGCCCUGCCCACCGGGGACGUUCGGCCAGAACUGCAGCCAGGACUGUCCUUGCCACCACGGAGGGCAGUGCGAUCAUGUGACCGGGCAGUGCCACUGCACAGCUGGCUACAUGGGGGACAGGUGCCAAGAGGAAUGCCCCUUCGGGACCUUCGGCUUCCAGUGCUCACAGCGCUGUGACUGCCACAACGGGGGUCAGUGCUCGCCCACCACCGGAGCCUGCGAGUGUGAGCCUGGCUACAAGGGCCCGCGCUGCCAGGAGCGGCUGUGCCCCGAGGGACUGCACGGCCCAGGCUGCACCUUGCCUUGCCCCUGUCAUGCCGACAACACCGUCAGCUGCCACCCAGUCACUGGGGUGUGCACCUGCCGGCCAGGCUGGUCUGGCCACGACUGCAACGAGUCCUGCCCCGCUGGCUCCUACGGCAAUGGCUGCCGGCUGCCUUGCACCUGUCAGAACGGCGCUGACUGCCACAGCAUCACUGGGAGCUGCACAUGUGCGCCGGGCUUCAUGGGAGAGGUCUGUGCAGUUCCAUGUGCCACAGGAACCUAUGGCCCCAACUGCUCGUCUCUCUGUGGCUGUAACAACGGUGGUACCUGCUCCCCCGUGGAUGGCUCCUGCACCUGCAAGGAAGGGUGGCAAGGCCUGGACUGCACCCUGCCGUGUCCCAGCGGGACGUGGGGCCUGAACUGUAACGAGAGCUGCGCCUGCGCCAACGGGGCAGCCUGCAGCCCCGCAGAUGGCUCCUGCGCGUGCACUGCCGGCUGGCUCGGAGACACCUGCGAACUGCCCUGCCCAGACGGCACAUUUGGGCUGAACUGCAGUGAGCGCUGUGACUGCAGCCACGCGGAUGGCUGUGAUCCUGUCACGGGCCACUGCUGCUGUCUCGCCGGAUGGACAGGCAUCCGAUGUGACAGCAUGUGUCCGCCUGGUCGCUGGGGUCCCAACUGCUCCGUCUCCUGCAGCUGCGAGAACGGCGGGUCCUGCUCCCCAGAGGAUGGGAGCUGCGAGUGUGCCCCUGGCUUCCGAGGAACCUUAUGCCAGAGAAUCUGCCCCCCUGGGCUCUAUGGCCAUGGCUGCGCCCAGCCGUGUCCCCUCUGCGUGCACAGCAGUGGGCCCUGCCACCACAUCAGCGGCAUCUGUGAGUGCCUCCCAGGAUUCUCCGGAGCCCUCUGCAACCAAGUGUGUGCUGGAGGGCACUUUGGGCAGGACUGUGCCCAGCUCUGCUCCUGUGCCAACAAUGGGACCUGCAGCCCCAUCGAUGGCUCCUGCCAGUGCUUCCCUGGAUGGAUUGGCAAGGACUGUUCACAGGCUUGCCCACCAGGGUUCUGGGGCCCCGCCUGCUUCCACACAUGUAGCUGCCACAAUGGGGGGAGCUGCAGCGCUGAGGAUGGAGCCUGCCACUGCACCCCUGGCUGGACUGGACUCUUCUGCACGCAGCGCUGCCCUGCAGCGUUUUACGGGAAGGACUGUGGGCGCGUGUGCCAGUGUCAGAACGGCGCCAGCUGUGACCACAUCAGCGGCAAGUGCACCUGCCGCACGGGCUUCACCGGGCGACACUGUGAGCAGAGAUGUGCCCCAGGAACCUUUGGCUACGGGUGUCAGCAGCUGUGCGAGUGCAUGAACAAUGCCACCUGUGACCACGUCACUGGCACCUGUUAUUGCAGCUCUGGAUUCAAAGGAAUCCGGUGUGACCAAGCUGCCCUCAUGAUGGAGGAGCUGAAUCCCUACACCAAGAUCAGCCCAGCGCUGGGUGCAGAGCGGCACUCGGUGGGUGCUGUCACAGGCAUCGUCCUCCUGUUGUUCCUCAUUGUGGUGCUGCUGGGCCUGUUUGCUUGGCGCCGGCGGAGACAGAAAGAGAAAGGCCGUGACCUGGCUCCCCGUGUCUCCUAUACACCUGCCAUGAGGAUGACCAGCACAGACUACUCGCUCUCAGGUGCUUGUGGAAUGGAUAGACGUCAGAACACAUACAUUAUGGACAAAGGCUUCAAAGAUUACAUGAAAGAAUCCGUGUGCAGUUCUAGCACUUGUUCCUUGAAUAGCAGUGAAAACCCUUACGCCACAAUUAAGGACCCACCCAUUCUCACCUGCAAGCUUCCAGAAAGCAGCUAUGUAGAAAUGAAGUCGCCUAUGCACAGGGGGUCUCCGUACACAGAUAUGCCAUCCUUGUCGACAUCUAAUAAAAAUAUAUAUGAAGUUGAGCCCACAAUCAGUGUGGUCCAAGAAGGCCGCGGUCAUAACUCCAGCUAUAUCCAGAAUCCAUACGACCUACCUAGGAACAGCCAUAUUCCUGGUCAUUAUGACCUCCUCCCAGUAAGACAAAGCCCUGCCAAUGGGCCCUCCCAGGACAAGCAGUCUUAAGAGAGAGAAGCCUCUCUCUUGCAAUGUGUUCUGCUGAAUAUUCUGACUCUGAAAGAAGACAAUCCCUUGACUCGAAAUAAUGAUACAGACUGACUCCAGCUGCGUGUUAGUCAUUACUUUCACCUGGAACUAAAGAAGAGCUUCCAAGUGGGACUGGGGUAAUUAUUCAAACGGUCUGUUCACAAAGGCAAAUCCUAUCACUCACCCACACCCAACCCCAAAUGCCCAGGAUUACAUGAUCUUUUAAAAACACUUAAGAUCCAGCUACUCAUCAACAUCAGCUAAAUAUAUAUAUUGAGAUACGUAAUUCUCUGAAACAUGAUGCUUAGAAAGCAUAUAGCAUAGGUUUCACAAACCUUCCUGGGGCAAAAGGGAACUGGGGAGGGGAAAGGAUUCAAGAUCCCGAAAUGUAUGUGCUUUUGGUUGCUGUUACCCUCAACAUGUUUUAUUACCUAAGAUAAAUAGCACACAAACUGUGCUAAUAUCAAUCCUAAAGUACCUGUACAUCUAUGUCUGACCUGUCAAAUCACAACAGCCAAGAUUAUAGUAUACAGUCUAAUACUGACAACUUCAAUUUUUAAAAAUUAAGACUUUAAUAAAUACAAAUUAACUUUCCCUCUUCUGCCCUUCAUGGUAGUAUGAGGAGAAGUUUCCAAAGCGCAGCAGCCUCUUUCAGUCUAUAAUGAUUUCUAGGCCAGCUUUACCAAAUCUUGCUGAUUCAAAGUUUGAGAACACAGCCAAGUCAUUCCUAGCCUGGUCAUAGCUCCUCAAUCCAUCCAACACCUGAGUCAUUCCAUGUGAAACAGAACUCUGAGAUGAUGCCUUUAAGCAAGCAGUCACAGACUGGUAAGAAUGAAGUAUCCCUAAAAGGCCUCCCAAAUUUAUUUGAUUGGCAUCCCUUGACUCAGAAAAGUACUUGCUUUUAUGCAUUUCUUCAUGUAUCUUGAGCUUGAUGUAGAAUACAACCUAAAAGUGUAGAAGAAAUUAGAUAAAAGUGGAUAUAGCAAGUUUAAUAAGCUGCUUAAAUUACAUGAUACUUUUUGAUGGAACCAAAUGAAAAGAAUGGACUGUAAUCAGUUGCUGUAACAUGAUAUAAAACUUUACAGUAAACAGCAAGUAAGGAUAUGAAGUACUUCUACCUUAAAACCACCACCUACUGAAAUGGCCAAAAACAUAUUACAAUGAGCUAAUGCUCCAGAUCCCAGUAUUUAGACGUGUCUGUACCUUCCACGACUAACCAGGUAAACUGGGGCUCAGUUUGAGUCAAACUGGAGCCAACUCCCAAGCCCUAAAAAAGAGGACCUCCUCACAAGAAUUAAAGACCAGAAGGGCAAACCGAGGAAACUAAUGGCCACCCCUACACCACUCCAUUCUCUGGUAACAGCCAGCCAGUAAAAAAUACUUCCAAAAAGGUAAACAGAAGAGGAACUAAAUGACUGCAAAGAUGGAAUAGCAGCUACAGGAAGUGUGGGAGUCCUGAAGCCCUUGAUACAACCUGGAAGUCUGCCAUGGAACCCAUUAGUUGGGGCAAUGACCAGCAAAAGCAAGAAAAUAAACAAGUAAAUCCCCCUCCCUCACUUCACUCACAGCUUAAGCAAAUUUUAUUGUUAGGGGAAAACAUAGAAUACUUACGUGAAUGCUGCAUGUGUGCAUGGGAGCAAGUGAUCAGCAAUAGCAAAUUUCCUUUCCACAAAAGCCUUAUGAAAUAUAAAUAAUAGAAAAUUCCUUUGUAGACCCAAGUAAAUAUUUCUCAUACAUAUGUAGAAAGAAAUAGAUAAGAGACUUACCUCAGUAUUUCAGGGCAGCAAGUGCUCAAUUAUCUUUGUAAAGCAAGGAUCAAGAAGCAUGGCGAAGUCAGAUGAGCCAGGAGAAACUUCAUCUCAAUCCCAGGCUUUAUCUUCUUCCCCUACCCUUCAUGUACAGUAAUUGCUGCCUGGCACACUGCAAACAAGCAGCAUCAUGCCAGUUUCAAGUGUCGCCUCUUGUUUGCCAACUAUCUUAUGGGCAAAAUUCAGCAAGAGGGAGCAUGGUGGAACUGCUAAAGCAUGGGGUCAAGAGAUUUGAGUGUUACUUGCCCUCUCUGGGCUCCUUUCUUCCUCACGUAUUAAAAAGGGGAGAAGGAGAGAGAGGGAAGAAGCUCUAACAACCCUCUGGCCCUAGCAUUCUAUGACUGUUAAAGAAAUAUAAUACAAUUCAAAUUAGGCAAUACAGAGAAGGGAAAGGCAGAGGGUGUGAUUCAUCUCUGGUGACAACAGCUGCCUUCACAGAUCUAAGAGUUACUGGUAAAAGACAUUUCAAUCUUACAGAGCAACUGUUAGGAACUUCUGUCUAGCACUGUCACACAUAGGUUCAUGGUCAACCUAAAUAUGUGUCUGUGCAUUUUGUUGGCAACUUGGAAAGAUCUGUUUAUUUUACAGAAACCAGUUUUCACUCAAAGUAAUUUGCAUUCAAUUCAAAUGAAUAAAGAAAACACUAUUAUUGUACAAUAGCAUAAGUGAGACUAUGAAAUGGCAAUACUUUUUUAAAUAACCCAGAUUUGUAAUAUAUUUGUUCACUGUGCAAAGGGACCAUACCUUGUACAAAAUAAAAGGAAUUUCUCAAACUAAUUUAACAAGAAUGCCUACUGUUGUGUUGCACAUUGAAAAUGUGUCUAUAAUCUACAACUUAGGUUUAAAAGGUAGAACUAAACUACAUUUUGUGUGGUCACUUUAGGCAGCCAGAGAAGUGAAAAUUAUC